UGACGCUCGUUAGACGUUGCGAAGUUUAUUUCCGCUGUUCAAUUUGCCACUGUAACAUUCUGUACCGAAGCGAGUGUGAAGAUGUCUUUGAGUAACAUUAUAGCAUCGCCACAUUUGAACACCCCUGCCCUCAAUGAGGGUAUUUUAAUUGGAGAUAAACAUUACUCCGAGGUAUAUCUUGCGAUUGAUAGUUCAAUAAUACCCGAGGAAAGGCUUUCUCCGACACCCUCCAUGCUCGAUGGCCUCGACCUCGAGACAGAGACGGACCUUCGGAUCUUGGGUUGCGAGUUGAUUCAAUCUGCUGGGAUUCUUUUGCGGUUACCACAGGUGGCUAUGGCUACCGGACAAGUCCUUUUCCAACGCUUCUUUUACUCGAAAUCGUUCAUCAAGCAUAGUUUCGAGAUUGUCGCCAUGUCCUGUAUAAAUUUGGCUUCGAAAAUUGAAGAGUCUCCUAGACGAGUGAGAGAUGUGAUCAAUGUGUUCCAUCAUUUGAAACAAAACAGGGAUAGAAAACGGUCAUAUGCACCCUUGGUUCUUGACCAGAACUACAUCAACACCAAAAACCAAGUCAUCAAAGCAGAGCGCCGCAUUCUCAAGGAACUGGGAUUCUGUGUUCACGUCAAACAUCCACACAAGAUCAUCGUCAUGUAUCUACAAGUCCUUGAAUGUGAGAAGAACCAGAUGCUGGUCCAAACUGCAUGGAACUACAUGAAUGACGCUCUUCGCACGAACGUGUUUGUGAGAUUUGAAGCGGAGACCAUUGCCUGUGCCUGUAUCUACCUCGCAGCCCGAGCUCUACAGAUCCCUCUGCCUGCUAAACCACACUGGUUUCUUCUGUUUGGUGGUACUGAGGAGGACCUCAAAGAGAUCUGCAUCAGCACUUUGAAGGUUUAUUCCAGGAAGAAGCCAAACUACGAGCAGUUGGAGAGGGAGGUGGAGAAGAAGAAGCUUCUCCUGGACGAAGCCAAGCUCAAGGCCAAGGGGCUGAAUCCCAAUAGCACCCCUGCCUUCACUGGCGCCGAGGGUUUCUCCCCUGCAUCCAAACCAUGUUCACCAAGGGAAGUGAAACUAGAAGAGAAGUCACCAGUCAGCAAACCACCAAAGGAAUCGGAAGAGAGGCAGCCAAUCUCCAAAAUGCCCCCAAAUGGUCUCAACAAGGAUGCCAAGGAAACCUUUCAAAAUGGUCAAAACCACAGCCGGUCACGGUCACAUUCCCGAUCCCCUCACAGGCAAAUCACAAGCAGACGCAGUCGUUCUGGAACCUACAGCUCUCACAGCAGCCACAGCCCGUCGCCACGGCAACACAAGAGCCACCGGUCGCCGCUCCUGCCCCACCUCAAAGGCGAGCACCGGAGCAGCGAGGGUAGCCGCCACAGCAUCAAACGGCGGCGCUCCCGGAGCCGCUCGCCCUCCACCUCGCGGGACCGCGGCCGCGAUCGUGAUCGGGACUACCUGAAACGGAAGCACGAGCACAGCAGCAGCAGCCGGAGCCACCACCGGAACGCGGGAACGCUCGCGCUCCAGGGAGCACGGCCAGCGGAGCAAGCAUCAGAGCAGAUCACACUCCAGCCACGGCCACAGCCGGCACCGGCGCUGAGCGGUCACCUCGGCUGGGCUGUCCGAAGAGGCUGCAGAGGAACAGGCCACGCCAUUACACAACUGAGGGAUCGUACAUUUACAGUCCGUCUCAGCUCUAGGCAUAAACUGGGGGAAUAACAACUGAAUUGUUGAACUUACGAUCAGGGAUGGAACGCAUAGAGCAUAUUGUUGCUUGCGUUUUAUUGAUUAGAUUUACGAAUGUUUGUGUAUAUGUAGUAUAUUUUUAUGAAGUCGAACAGAAAGAGUUCUUUGUACAUAAUGUCUUUUCAUAAAAUAAAAAAUAAAAGAAAAGCUGAUUUUUAA